CGACAAUAUCUCACUUCGUCCAUCCCAUUGCUCAAGGCUUCUUGUGAGCACUGCGUUUGGGCUGAAUAGUCGCUGGGCCUGUUGCUACCUGUCUCAUACCUCAAGCUAACCUCCGGCACCUCCCUCCGUCACACGGCCGAGCCCCUCGUGACCCCGCCGCACAUCUCUCAAUUGUGGGCGCACUCGAAAACCGCCUGUCAUCGUCAAGAUGGCGCGUGUCUAUGCCGAUGUCAACGAGCAUAUGCCUCGGUCCUACUGGGAUUAUGACAGUGUCAACAUCUCUUGGGGUGUUCUUGAAAAUUAUGAAAUCGUUCGCAAGAUAGGUCGGGGAAAGUACUCCGAGGUUUUCGAGGGCAUCAACGUCGUCAACUACCAGAAAUGCGUUAUCAAGGUCCUCAAGCCUGUCAAGAAGAAGAAGAUCAAGCGUGAGAUCAAGAUUCUACAGAAUCUCGCAGGUGGGCCCAAUGUCGUGGCUUUGCUGGACGUUGUUCGCGACAACCAGAGCAAGACUCCUAGUCUGGUCUUCGAGGCUAUCAACAACACCGACUUCCGCACACUGUACCCCCGCUUUUCCGAUUACGACGUUCGUUUCUACGUUUUCGAGCUGCUUAAGGCGCUGGACUUCUGCCACAGCAAGGGUAUCAUGCAUCGGGAUGUGAAGCCCCACAAUGUCAUGAUUGAUCAUGAGAAGCGCAAGCUUCGUCUGAUCGAUUGGGGUCUGGCCGAGUUCUACCACAAGGGCACUGAAUACAACGUCCGUGUUGCGUCUCGUUAUUUCAAGGGCCCCGAACUCCUCGUUGAUUUCCAGGAAUACGACUAUUCUUUGGAUAUGUGGUCCCUGGGUGCUAUGUUCGCCUCCAUGAUCUUCCGCAAGGAGCCUUUCUUCCACGGAGGCAGCAACACGGAUCAAUUGGUCAAGAUCGCCAAGGUUCUUGGUACUGAGGAGCUCUUUGAGUACUUGGACAAGUACGACAUUGAGCUGGACCCGCAAUACGACGACAUCCUCUCCCGUUUCCCCCGGAAGCCAUGGCACUCGUUUGUCAACGCAGAGAACCAGCGUUUCAUCAGUGAUGAGGCCAUUGAUUUCCUUGACAAGCUUCUGCGCUACGACCACGCUGAUCGCUUGACUGCCCAGGAGGCCAUGGCACACGCAUACUUUGACCCGGUUCGUGCUGAUGCCGCAGCCCUUAGCCACAACAACGUGACACUUCCCUGAAUUACU